GAGUGAGUGUGUUUAGGAGGAAGCAGGUGAGACAAUAACAGCAGGGACUUCAGACCCGGAAGAGACGGAAUCAAACCAACAGCCCUGGUCCAGGUUCAGUUCCUGGUCCAUGUUCUCAAACUGAGCAGAAGAGACUGAGAGGCAUCCACUUUUAUACACAGAGCCAUGGCCGACAGCAACCUGCAGCAGGAGUUUGAGGACCAGUUCAACGACGUGGUCUCCAGACUCCAGUCCAAGCAGCUGUUCCAGUCAGACUGGGACAUAGCCUCGUUCGCCAUCUUUUUCAUCUUUAUUGGUAUGGUCUUGAUGAUGGUCAUCCUGGUCCUGAUCCGCUGCUGCUGCUGCUGUUGCUGUGACGAUGACAAGCCUCGGAGACACAAGAUUGGAAUCGACAACAUGGCUCUGGAUCCCUGAGUGCUCUGAGCUAACCUUCCAACUCCUGUGCCAAAGCAGGGAAACAAGCCACAGAGCCGACCUGCACUUAGACUGAUCAGCCCUGAAAACCACGUCUGGAAAUCUCAAUCACAUGAUCUUGUUGACUUGCACUACUGCUAUAUGACGUUAAUUCCUAGGAUACCACGCUGAGCUGUCUGUUUAGCCUCUGCAUAUUUAAGUAGGACUUUCUUUUACUGUGAAUGAAAGUAUAAAAUGUUCUGUUUUUAUGUACUUGACCUUUGUAGAGACAAAGUUUGGAAAACUAUAUAAAAGUACAAAUGGUAAAACAGAAAACAGAUGUGUUUAUGGUGCUGUGAGUUGGAUUUAAAGGUUCGAUCAAAGUUCUGCUGUGUCAGCUGGGAGAACACUGAACAUAAAUCUGAUUAAGUCCAAACAGGGUACUUGGACUCCUGGUAACUAUAUUUUACAAAGCACCUCAGAUUGCUCUUUUUGUAUUUUGACCCCUAUUUUUUAUUAUGAUACAGUUUUCUGACAAUAAAAGCAAUUAUGGGAUAUAAUCCAAAGGUAACAUAUAGUAGAAGACAGGAACUGAACAUGUUUAUAGUGUGAUAUGCUUGGGUGAAUAACUAAUGAAUGGUAUGUUGUACAUUUAAUAACUUUACAGUCACACAACCCCCUCAUGUUUUUCCCACAAAAUGUGCAAAACCCAAAGUCCACUCCAUUGUGUGUGGAUUUUCAAAUUUGAUGAACAAAUAUACCUGUUGAUUCACUAAUCUUAUCAG